AAUUUAGAGGAGGGAGGACUAAUACGAACACUUGGCUAGGGUUUAUCAUUCUCAAUCAAGCCUCUUUCUCUACCUCCACCAUGGGAUCCAAACACAAAGACAAGAAGAAACACAAAUCCCAUGAAAACCCACAAACCCAAUUAGAUCUUGAUGAUUUUGAACAAGACAACAACGCAAACAAUGAUGACAAUCUUGUUGAAACAGAGCCCAAAAAGCCCAAGAACAAGAACAAGAAAAAGAAAGAGACUCUAGAUGUCAAGAUUCAGACAAUCCACGCUAAGUCCGACAAGAUUUCUCCCCUCGUUGGCUACUUUCCGACCACCUUCGACCCAUUUAAGGGCUCAGGUUCGUCGUCUGUGGAUGAGAAUUCGGAGGUUACUGUGUACCAGAAUGUGCAGAGGAGCAGUAGGUACCAGGUGGUUGUGAAGCCUAAUGGGUCUGAUGUUAAUUUUGUGGGGACUAAUUAUUCCGGUGAAGCUGCUGCUCCUCAGAUAUGUACCUAUGCUCUCGGGGUUCUCGAUAAGGAGACACAGACUCUUAGGAUUGUGCCAAUCACUUCUAACAAGAUAUUUAGGUUGGAGCCCAACUUUGGAGAAUCAGACACUACUCAAGAUGAAGCUCAACAAAUUUUGAAGGAUGAAGUCAGCAGAGAAGAGAGAACUCAAAACCUAAGACGACUCGACACUAUGUUUUCAACAAAGAAGACUAUAACUAAGAAUAAGAAAAUAGAUUCUUUGCGUCAAAAACAAGAUCCUGAAUCCAAGGAGGAUUUGGAAAAGUCGUUGAAGGAUGUCAAGGUUAACACUGAGGCUAUUGAUGCUGGAGGCACUAAUGUUCGUAACAUCCCAUUCCAUGAUAUGUCUGCCUCUACACCCGAGAAGGCAUAUCCUCUUGAAAAGAUCAUUGAAAAAGCAGAAUGGGACUACCUUGGCGAUUUACUCAAAAUUACUGAAGGAGCGGGAGUUACACCAGACACCUACCCAAUCUUUGUUUGUAACAGAGUGAAUAAAUUGAAAGAUAUUAAGGAUGAGUACCAGAGGAGUACGGUUGCUAGUGUUCUACAGUACAUUACGCAUCUUAUCAAGUACAAAGACAAGCAUUCAAUGGAUCAUUACAGGUCUGUGAAACAUCACAAAUUUCCAAGCAUAUUGGAAGGAAAGUUUCGAACCAUGUUUAAUGAACCAGGUGCAAAAAGACUCGCAGCUGAGAAGCAUAAAUUUCUUAUUAGCCAUGUCUUGGUGCUAACUCUUUUUGUUGAUGGCUAUAAGUCUGACACCUCAGAUAUAGCCAAAGAUCUAAAGAUAAGUGUUGUAGAUUUAAGAAAACAUUGGGCAGAGUUGGGCUGCAAAUUAGUUCGUGAGAAAUCUACAACAUUUGCUACCCUUCCUCUCCCAUUGACCUUCCCAGUUAUUAGGCAAAAGAAGCGAAAAAGGUAGACUGAUGCAGUUGAGAGUUCUUUUGCCAGAGUAUGAUUCAAGCUUCAAAGCUGGUUUUUUGUGGGUGUGCCCCUGGAAAUUAUAUUUCUUUUAUCUUUCUUUAGGCUUGUCUUUUGAAUUUCAAUCAUGUUUCAUAUGAAUUCGGUGAAAGUUGGGGAGAACUAUGAUUAUGUGCUUAUUGCAGUCUGCAGACAGUAGUGAGAUACAAGUGACUUGCACAUUAAAAAUACCAGCAAUUACUUCCUAUUUAUUUGAUUCAAUUAAGUCAGUCUGAUUUAUUUC